AUGUCUGGAGCAAUUUUUGCACCUCUGGAGGGCCUGGGUGCCCUGGAUGCUGUCAGUGGCCAUCGUGUGUGUCCGCUGUGCCACACACAGUACGAGCAUCUGGACUGUUUCCACGAAGUCUGUGCUGGCUGCCUGCACAGCCUGGCCGCCGAUGGCUGCCUGUCCUGUCUGCUGUGCCAGCACCAGACUGUGGGGAAGGGCCCCAGCGGCCUCCUGCCCGUUGACAGGCUGCUGCAGCUCCUGGUGGACAGCUCUGCGGAUGGUGUGCAGGCUGUGCACUGUGCCAACUGUGAGCUGGAGCGCAGCAAGCAGGACGCAGAGACCACGUACUUCUGCAACACCUGCGGGCAGCCCCUGCGCAUGCACUGCGCGAAGAGACCGCACCGCGCUCUCAUGCUCAUAUUCGCGCGCCCCGACAUUGUAGCCCUGGGCCCGCGCAGCCGCGAUGUGAUCCAGAAGAGUAAGCUGCAUUCGGAGCCAUACAUCAUGUUUUCCACCGACAAGAAGUCCCUGCUGCGCAUCCGCUGCUUUCAGGACAUGCAGGAGGAGAGCCGAGCCCACUGUGUGGACCUGGAGACAGCUUAUGAGCAAGUGGAGCAGACGGUGCUGGCAGUGAAGGCCCUGCAGACAGCCACGAAAGAGGCCAUCACGCGGCUGCGGGCCAUGGUGGAGGAGGUGAGGUGCAGUGCAGCUGAGGAGGCAGCCAUCCACGCCCCUUUUGGCAGCAUGCAGGUGAGGGGUGGGAACGGCCCAGCACUGCUGCUGCAGACGGUACAGAGCCAGUACAAAGAGAAGGACAAAGCCUUUAAGGAACAGUUUGUCCACCUGGCCUCCUUGCUGCCUCUCCUGCAGGCUCACUUGGUCAUCUGCUCUCCCUUCCUCGGCUUGGCCAGCAAAGCAGAGUUUCGGGAUCUGGGUUAGGAGCUGAUAGAGAGAUUGCAAGGCAUCGUCACGCGGCCGCACCGCCUAUGACCCAAUCGGAGCAGCAAGAUCGCCAGCGACCACCGCACAGAAUUGGCGCGCUGUGGGGCCGCCGCUGCUGCUGGGCCCCGCCGCGCUGUGCCCACCGUAGGCGGCGCCAACACGUUGGGAGGGGGCUCAAGCACCAAGGUGCUGAAGACACCCAGCUGUCCCUCCCCAAUGGGAAAGACGUCAGGGUCACCUGUCCAGAAACCGCUGCCACCAGGUUCCAUUAGCACGAAGGCGCUUCUGGCCGAGGGCGAGGACACACCCUUCACAGAGCACUGCCGCCAAAACGAGAAUUCCUAUAGGGGUCUGCAGGUGGUGGUGCAGCGCCUGGAGGACCAGGUGCAGGAGCUGCGCCGAGACCUCGCACUCAUCAAGGCAGGGAUCAUGGCGGACAUCCUGCACAGGUGCCUGCUGUUGGACGCACAGAUCGCUUCCGAGUACGCCUCCACGGAAGGCAUGAGAGCAGGGUUCCAGGAGAUUUGGGAGGACUCCUACCAUCGAGUAGCCACCAGCAGAUUUAAGAAGGUCCCUUGCCUGGCCCAGCUCCACGACCUUCUCCAGCGGAAGCAGGAGAAUGCCUACCUAACCACCAUCACCAAGCAGGUCAUACCCUACGUCCGCUCCAUUGCCAGGGUGAAGCCCAAGUUCCAGGCACCUGUGGACGAGCAAGCGGGGCAUCUGCAGAUGUGUAUCACGACGGCAGGGACGGUAAUUCCAGGGAGCAUCAUUGAGAAGAGACAGAAGGCGCCUGAGCCCAAUGGAAGGAGCUGGGCCCUGAGCAGCCUCCCAGAAGGACCUUCAUUAAAGAACCAAGACCAUCUCACACCCAAGUAGGAAGCCGGAGAUGACAGAUGAGCUGAAGAUGAGGAGGCCUGAAGACCUGACCGACAUGGCAGAAGGAAGAACUCCCAGGCACAUACACAAUAAAAUGUGAAAAAUCUCCAUGAGGGUGACAACCCCACCGAGUGAGCCUCUGAGUAGCUGGGCCCUGGUGAGCUGGACCCAGGCUGUCAGCUGCUCAGACUGGCACAGGCUGAGGUGUGGCUCAGGGGUCAAGAACACAGCUGCUCUUUCAUCGGAUCUGGGGUUCAGAUCCUACCAUGGCGCUCACAACCACCCAUAACUCCAAUCCAGGGGACCCAACACCCUCUUCUGGCCUCUGUAGGUACCACAUACAAACUGGUAAAAAUACACAUUAAAAAAAAAAAUUCAAGCUGCAUGACCCAAAAUCUGUUUUGGGAGACUAACUGAUGGCCCUACAGUCCCACUUUAAGACAACACACAGCACGAUUCAGUUAAACAGCAAAUGUCACUUUUUUGUACUAGGGAGGCUGCCACAUCACACAGACACACGAUCACACUGGUAACGCGCUCUCAGGUCUGCAAGCUGUAGAGCAGUGGUCUAACCUGGGAGCCUUUGGAGCUGUCCGACUCCUUGCGUACCAGAUGCUCACUCUACAUUCAUAACAGCAGCAAUGAAAUAACUGUAUGGUUGUCGUCCCCACAGCAUGAGGACUGCGUUAAAGGGUCGCAGCGUUAAGAAGGUUGAGAGCCGCUGGGCUCAGAAAAGAGCCAAGGAAAUCUGCUGCUGCUAGUGCAGACCCUCGUGUAGACCCGAUUAUCAGGUACUCUUCCACAUCUUACAGUCACGCAUG